AUGGCACCCACAGCUACGAACGGAGCCGACAUCGCAGCGGUGGCCUCGGCAGAGGCAACGGCGAAUGGGCAUGGAGCGAGUGCAGGCAAAGCAGCGCAGCUGAGCCAUUCCCAUGGCAACUCUUCCGCUCGAGGCAAGACAUCGAGCGGUGGAGUAGACAUCCAGUCCAUGUUGUCCGAAGCUGCGCUUCGUCGACCUCCUUCCGCCAUCCGUUCGCUGUUUCCAGCAGAACUCAUUCCAGGCAUGUUAUCCUUCCUAGCCGGCAAACCCAACCCUUCCACUUUUCCCAUCGAUGCCGUCUCCAUCAAUGUCAAGCCCACACCUGGGGCGCCCGAGCAAUCCACGCAGCAAAUUUCUGUCAGCGGAAAGGACCUGGAAGCGGGAAUGAACUAUGGUCCGACAGCGGGUAUCAAGGGUCUGAACGAUUGGCUCGUCGCUUUUCAGACCCGCAUUCAUGGCAGAGAGAUGGUGCAACAGCAGGCGCACGGCAAAGCGAAGUGGCGCGUGACUGUCGGAAACGGCUCGCAAGAUCUGCUCACCAAGGUGCGUUGAGAUCGCACGACGCGCACGCUGAUGCUGCACUCGGGGCCUUGCAACUUUGCAGUCAGCAGUCCGCCUUCAUCUGCUGAUACGCAGUCAAUCCCGCUACGCAGACCUUCACAGCGCUCCUCAACCCAGGCGACUCCAUCCUGGUCGAGAGCCCAGUCUACACGUAAGUCCUGAAGAGUCGCAAAGCACCUCUUCACGGCUGACAAGCUCCUAGCGACUGGUUUACAACAGCGGUAUCCUACCACAAUUGACUGUGGCUCAGGCCUUCAUGGCCCCGGUUCAGUCAGACGCCGAAGGCAUGUGCCCAAAGUCUCUGCUCUCAGUCUUGUCCAACUGGCACACCGACGAAAAGACAAAGUCUCAUCCUUUUCCAAAGUUCGUCUACACGGUACCCACUGGAGCGAACCCAGCGGGCACAACUGCCUCGGAGCAGCGCAAGAGGGACGUGCUCUCUGUGGUAAGACGAUUCAAUGUCUUGUUGUUGGAGGACGACCCGUAUAUUUUCCUCAGCUUUGAAGGUCUGGGCCAGGACCCAGUCACGCGCAAAAGGGUCAGGAGCUACUGGGAUUUGGAAAGGGACGAAAGCGAUGCGCUGGGCGAUGGCUUCGUCGUGCGCUUCGACAGCUUCUCAAAGGUGAGCUACGGCUUCUUACAAGCAAUACGAGGGGAGACUAGAAUUGACCUCGUCAGUACUGGCAUUUCUCUACACCUCUAGAUCAUCGGCGGAGGUUUAAGAUUAGGCUUCAUGACGGGUCCCGAUGCACUGAUAGACGCAGUCGACCUCGACUCUUCGUCUGCGAACUUGCAACCCUCAGGAUUAGCGCAAGCGGUGAUUUACAGGCUUUUGCAGCACUGGGGCCCCGAAGGCUUGUUGCGUCACGUAGACUCCGUAGCAUCCUUCUACCAAGCUCGUAGAGAUGCUUUCGAAAGGCACGCUCAGAAGAUUCUGGGCAGUGCAGGUGGCAAGGUGGCGGUGGCGGAGUGGGUCACACCAGUAGCUGGCAUGUUUCUUUGGUUGAAGCUCAAAUUGCCACCUAGCGCAGCUUCUGUUCAAGCUGGCACGCCGGAUCAAGGAGACAGCUUUGCGCUCAUCACUGAGAAAGCAAGGGCAAAGGGCAUCCUCGCUGUGCCUGGGAUCGCUUUCUUGCCAGGAUCGGACGCUGAUACGCCCACGCCAUACGUGCGCGUCAGCUUCUCCAUUCUCGAGGAGGAACACUUUGCAGAGGCGUUGCAAAGGUUGAGAGCCGUAGUGGAGGAGGCUCAGAACGAGUCCAAGUAG